CACAAACAUUUUAGGAUCGCGCGUCGGCCAGGAAGCAAUCAACGGGGAAAGCGCAGGGGCGAAGCCUGACACAGGCAAACACCACGAAACUGAGAGUGGGUCGACCGUGGCGCGCGGACCUGGUGCUGCCGAUACACGCCGGGGACAUCGAGCGCCUCUGCAGUCGUACAAGCAGGCCAACCAAGCAGCUCUGCAGUCGAGACAUGAAGCGAGCCGUCUCCGCUCUCUGGGCGCGCCGCGCCGUCCGCCAAGCCUACCUCUACACCCCCACCGCCGCCACCGCCACCUCGUCGUCGCCUGAGUUUGGGGCGUCCACAUCAGAGGCGUGGGACGGGCGUUUCCGGCUCCACAAGCCGCGCGGGCAGCACCUGCUCACCAACCCGCGCGUCCUCGACGCCAUCGCGCGCCACGCCGCCAUCAGUCCAGGCGACGCCGUCCUCGAGGUCGGGCCCGGCACGGGCAACCUCACCGCGCGCCUCCUCGCGUCCCAGGCGGCGCGCGUCACCGCCGUCGAGAUCGACCCGCGCAUGGUCGAGGCCGUCACCGCGCGCGCCGCUGCUCUCGGCCUCGCGCACAAGUUCAAGGUGAUUGCGGGCGACGCCGUGGAGGUAGAGUUCCCGGAGUUCGACGUCUGCGUGGCCAACAUCCCCUACGGCAUCUCCUCGCCGCUGAUCGCCAAGCUGCUGUUCGGCCCCUACCGGUUCCGGACGGCGACGCUGCUGCUCCAGAAGGAGUUCGCGCGGCGGCUCGUGGCCGCGCCGGGCGACGGGGAGUACAACCGGUUGGCGGCCAACGUGCGCCUGGUCGCCGACGUCAGGCUGCUCAUGGACGUGAGCAAGAGGGACUUCGUGCCCAUGCCCCGGGUGGACUCGUCCCUCGUCGAGAUCCGGCCGCGGGGCACCGUGCCAGGGGUCGACGUCAGCGAGUGGCUGGCGUUCACGCGCGUGUGUUUCGGGCAGAAGAACAAGACCCUCGCCGCCAUCUUCAAGCAGAAGAGGAUGGUCGUUGAGCUGUUGCGCCGGUCGCUGAGAACGGAGAGAUGUGCCGGUGGUGUCAGCCUAGGUCCGCUUGAGGUCGACGACAGUGGAGAAGAUGACUGUGGGGGAAACGACGAUGGCAGCAACAGAGUGGUUGGUUUCAGCGAGGAAGAGGUCGCGGCGUUCAAGGAGAAGGUUGCUGGAGCGUUGGACACCGCCGAGCUCGCCGGCAAGAGGCCAUCGAAGGUGUCCAACGACGAGCUGAAACGAUUGCUCCGGCUGUUCAACGAUCGCGGGGUGCGGUUCCAGUAGAGGUAGCGCACGGUGAGGUUUGUGUCGCCAAGGUCGCACCACGCCUGAUGCAAUGGCAGGUUCCCAGCACGCUGGAAGUCAUUGUAGACGUAAGCGCUACUUGCCUGUCUUGUUCUGAGUUAAUGGCGUCAGCCUUAUCCAUACCAUGUUCAAUAGUAUGUCCAAUCUUCCAUUCUGCUGAGUUAAUGUUGAACUCGAGGGCACGCAUUUUGCUGAGUU